AUGCCACAUCUGCAGCUAGUCCAAUAUCAAAGUUUAUCAUCAGAAUCGCCAUAUUUAUUUUCCUCUGUAUAAUUACGAAAUCUGUUAAAGAACCCGCUUGUACUGGAUCGAUACAUCCUUGUGCGCAAGGCAAUUGUUCAGCUAUCAAAAUAAAGACUGAAGUCAAAUAAGGCAAAAAGUUUUGUCACAAGUGUAAAGAAGUUUAUAUUAUGAUAUGAGGACUAUGACGCCGGAAGAAAAAUUAUUAUUAUAUGAGACAAUAAGCAAAGAACAGAAAAAGUGUACAGAAAGCAUUUCUAAGAUUAGGCCCAACUUUGGAGAUAGCUUAUUUUGUAAUGGCACAGCUGGAAGGAUGGGAGCAUGCUGGAACUAUACAUUGGCUGGUGAAACGGCAGUUCAGUCAAGGAUCAUAGGAAUCAAUAGCUAUCGAAUAAGUUACCAUUGUACAGAAAACGGAACAUGGGACAAUAGAGGAGAAAAUUAUACACACUUAAACGAUAAUAGUGACGAGAGUCAAGGUUAUGUUUAUGUAUAUAUUGCUGGAAAUGCGUUGUCUUUAGUGCUGCUGACGAUUGCAUUAUUCAUCUUCUUCGGAUUCAGACAGUUAAGGUGUGGAAGAGUGUUGAUCCACAAAAACCUCUUCCUAUCAUAUGUGUUUACUGGCUUAACAUGGAUUCUGUACUACAAACUGGUUAUACUGGACGGAGAUAUUAUACAUGAUAACCCGUGGUGGUGUCAAUUUAUGCACGUGUUAGCACAGUAUUUUAUGCAAUGUAAUUUUGCCUGGAUGUUUUGCGAAGGACUUUACCUUCAUACAGUACUAACCAGAGUAUUCAGCAAUGGAAAAAUACUAACAUUCAUAUGUUAUGCAAUUGGAUGGGGAUACCCGCUUAUUCCAACCAUUAUUUAUACUGUUCUUAGAAGUCGCACAGGAAAAGGAUGUUGGCAUGACGAAAGCAGUUUGCAAUGGAUUAUGUAUGGUCCCAUAGUUGUUUCCAUAUGUAUCAACGUAAUGUUCCUUGUUAAUAUUGUUAGACUACUGAUGACAAAGUUGCAGAAAAUCCCAGAAGCAUCACAAAGCAAGAAAGCAGCAAGAGCCACUUUGGUGUUACUUCCAUUACUAGGAUUACAGUAUCUUGUAUUACCAAUGAGACCAAGUGAAAAUUCAGAUUUCACAGAUAUCUAUGUGUAUUCUGUGGCAGUUUUGACUUCACUGCAGGGUUCGUUUGUAUCCAUCAUGUAUUGCUUUUGUAAUAGCGAGAUCACUGCGAUUUUGAAACGUAAAUGGGAUCAACAUUGGUUGAUGUAUGGAAGCGGGCGAAGAAAACAUCGCUGUUCAUCUACACAUUAUACCGUCACUGAAAAUAUGGCUGACGAUUGUAACAAAAAGUUCACAGAUAAGCCAGAAAUGGUGCCACUGCAAGAAACGAUGUGUGAUGUGUAAAUGAAGCAAGUGAACAAAGCACAGAUUAAAAAAUUCUUCAGGGAAAACGGAAGUGCAAAACAUCAGCGAUAGACUGAAUUAAGAAUAGAAGUUUUUAUAUUUCAUUUUUGUAGUUGCUUACAAUAUAGUGUUUUAUAAAUUGCAAUUUUUCAAUGUUCUUUGGUGUACGGAAUUUUUCUGAAAAUUGUGUCUUAAUAUUAUCUCUGUAUAUUACAGAAACUUACAACGUUUUUCAUUAAACAAUUUUUCCAGGA